AUGUUCCGCCACAAGGACACCAAGGAAGCUCAGGAGAGUCAGGUGGUGAUCAGCGAUGUUCACGCUGAGGUCUUCAAAGACAUGCUGCAGUACCUGUACACCGGCGUCAAGCCCAAGUGCGGCCGCCUGACCACCGAGCUGCUGACACUCGCUGACAAGUACCAGGUAGAAGAGCUGAAGGAGAACUGCGAGGAGUACCUGUCCACGAGCCUCUCGGUGGACAAUGUGGUGUCCUACUUGCGAGUUGCCCACCUGCACAGCGCCGCCGUCCUCAAGGAGAGCUGCCNUGCUGAAGUGGUGAACACCUCUGGCUGGAAGGAGCUCUGCAUGAGCGGAAGCAGUGGUGAGCUGAUGUUCGAGGCCACGCAAGCCAUUGCCAAGUACAUGCAGGCUGAAAAGAAGUGA